AUGGCGGACUCCUCGCAGCUGCAGAAGAGGGGGCCUUUUCGCUCCACGUGGGCGCGAGCCCGCAAGACCCGGCCCCAGCUCAUCCUCAGCCGCCGGCCCCGCCGCCGGCUCCGGAUCCUGCGCUGGUGCGGCCGGAGGCGCCUACGGCGGCGGCUGCUGCAGGCCCAGGAGGCCGGCGCGGACUGGCGGGAGGGCACCUGCCCGGUGUCGCGCGCGGCAGCGGCCCCGAGGCCCAAGACCGCGGCCCCCAGCCCGGCCCCCAGCCCGGCCCCCAGCCCGGCCUCGGACGAGGAAUCUGCCCCGAGUGCCCCCGCGCCCCUCCCCAUCCCCCCGCUGCGGCCGGCCGGUCCGGGCCGCGCGUUGCUGCUGCUGCCGCGGGAUCAGGGUUUCACCUUCAGUGGGAUCUGCCGAGUGACUUGCCUUUAUGGCCAGGUGCAGGUGUUGGGUUUUACCAUGGGCCAAGGCCAGCCUUCCCAAGAUGUCUUCUCCACCUACACCCACUCGCGCCUCACCAUCAACGCAGCUCAUCACUCAGCACCGGAGAAAAGCAAGAAGGAGAUGAAGAGGGAAGCCCGAACCUUGCUCAGGGCUCACCUUAACCGGGAUGACAGAUGUUGGCUGAUGAAGAAUUUCUCUCCUUUGUGUUCCAUCGUGAUGCUGGAACGGCUGAAAACCUCCACCGUAAAUUUCAUAACCAGCCAUCCAGGGUUAUCUUACGUUUUCCUACAAGAGAGUGCCACUUUCCAGAUUAAUGCUGAGUAUUUCGCCUUGAGAUCUGUUGGCAUUAAAAAAGAGAAGAAAAAAAACGGCCUUCGUUUAACCGAGAGUGUCCUUUCAGCCCUGGAAGAGUUAGUUACCGUCUCCUGUGAGGAAGUAGAUGGCUGCCCUGUCAUUCUGGUGUGUGGGGCGCAGGACAUUGGAAAGUCAACAUUUAAUAGAUACCUGAUUAACCAGCUGUUAAAUAGUAUUCCCUGCGUCGACUAUUUGGAAUGUGACCUGGGACAGACAGAAUUUACUCCUCCGGGUUGCAUUUCUUUACUUAAUAUUACGGAACCCGUUCUAGGACCACCUUUCACCCACCAGAGGACACCGCAGAAGAUGGUGUACUUUGGGAAAUCUGCGUGUAAAAACAGCUGUGAGAAUUACAUUGAGACAAUAAAGUACGUGUUCAGCUCCUACAAGAGGGAGUGCCCGCUCAUCGUCAACACCAUGGGCUGGGUGACAGACGAAGGGCUUCUGCUGCUCGUGGACCUGAUCCGACUGCUGUCCCCCAGCCACGUCGUCCAGUUCAGCUCCGUCCGCUGCAGACCCAUGCCCAGCCUCACCGCCGACUACGUGGACAGCCUGGACGGCUUGUACACGAAAAGCAAGUCCAAAGGCAGAAACAGAGGUUUCUUCCUGGCAGAGUUUGCAGAGAAUUUGGAAUUUGGUGACGAGGAAAAGGAGAGUCCAGUUGUAUUUACUGGACAUAAGCUGAUGUGCGUCCAGUCGGACUUUGUGUUUAGAAAAACUCCAAGAAACAGAGACUUGCAUAACCGAAUUCUCCGGGACUUGGCCGUGUUAGGCUACCUUGGCCAGCUGCAGCCCCCGGUGCCGAAACCGCUUCACCCCCUCCAUGGCCUGACACCCUAUCAGGUCCCUUUCAGCGCGGUCGCGCUCCGGGUUAUUCACUCCGACGUCGCGCCCACCCACGUGCUGUACGCUGUAAACGCCAGCUGGGUUGCCCUUUGCAAGAUCCUGGAUGAUGUGAGAGGAUAUGCAAAUGGGCCCAUCCUGCUCGCUCAGACGCCGGUCUGCGACUGCGUGGGGUUCGGGAUUUGUAGAGGUGUUGACAUGGAGAAGAGGCUGUACCACAUCCUCACGCCUGUGCCCCCGGCAGAGCUCCGGAACGUGAACUGUCUGCUGGUCGGAGCCAUUUCCGUGCCUCAGUGUGUCCUCAAGAGCCAGCGUGGGCUCGAGGGGACCGUGCCUUACAUCACGACGGAUUAUAAUCUUAGACUUCCUGGAGCAUCAGGAGAAAUUGGAGCAAGAGAGACGGAGGAAACGGGUAAAGACAGACAGCACCCCAAAACUAAAUUCUAUCGAAAAUCGAAGUGAUGUUUUGAAUCAGGGAAGAAAAGCUUGACUCUGUCUCCAGCCUGCCGUCGGCAGACGGACGGCUCGUGUGGCUGUGGGCAGUGCCUUUCCGUGGCAGUGUCUCCUGCAAAGCUCGUGGAAGUUUAUGGUCAUUAAAGCCCCUUCUUAAAGCGACGUGACCCGGCUUUGCCCUGGGCUGCUGUGCGGUUCAUCAGACAUGAUGUUUUAUCUUCCAAAGGGACGAAGCAGUGGGGGAAAGACUGUACGCCAUUGAAACAAAGAAUACAGUCGAUUCCUCAGAAAGUUCUUCAGGGACCUGGUUGGUGGCAUCUGGAUAAAAAUAGGGACACUGGGGCCACGGGAGUGCACCCAGGAGGAAGGCAGGCUGGCCAGCGGGGUCCAGGUGCAGCAGGA